AUGACUGCCCUCCACGUUGCUGCGAGACGGGGAGAUGAGGGGAUCGUGCGUCAGCUGCUGCGCAAAGGGUGGGACCCGAAUAACUCAGGGGCGUAUGGAAACACAACUCCAUUGCUCGAGGCCGCAAAUAACCACCAUGAAGGGGCCUUUAACAUCUUGCUUGAGAACGGGGCAAUGGUUGGCAGGUGGGAGGGGCGACAUAUUACCCAAAUGAUCGGUUGGAACCCCAAAGCCCUAGAUUUGAUUCUGCCGCAUCUACCGGUUGAGUACCUUGAUAUGAGAUUGAGGGCUUAUGAUCCUGGUGUCUUCGACAAUGCGGCAUCAUGUGGGAGUGCGGCGGUUCUAGAUUCGCUUCUUGGAUACGCUGUUAAGCAUGGCAAUAUCGGUAAAGUUCCGUACGAGGGGGUAUUCUCUGUGGGCUGUGACAGGGCGGAUGACGAGGAGAUAGUGUAUGUCCUUAUCAAGUACUGCCCAUGGAAUGAUGCCACGCGAGAAUCUGAGAUCUGUGCCCUUAUAUGGAAAAAGGCAGAACACGGACACCUUGAUUCUGUGCUGGCGUUAGUGGCGUGGCACUAUGAGAUCAGUCGGGACCCCUGCCUACUUAGCACUGGCCUUAUGGGCGCGAUAUGGAAGGGUCAAACUCAGACGGUGGAGGGACUGAUUAAGAGCGGGGCGGAUGUAAACACCGAACUGGCAAGAGUUAUUCCUUGGGUCAGACUAGAGACCUCGUCUUUGAUCCCACUCCAUGUUGCCGCACGACAUGGCCGCACGGAGAUCUGCAAGAUCCUCUUUAACAGUGGUGCAGAUUUAAGUGCCCGGGACGGCCUUGGUAAUACCGCGCCUCAUGAAGCAGCCGCCAGCGGCUCUGUUAAGACCGUAAGGCUGCUGGUGGAGAACGGGGCAGGCGUCUAG